AUGAAUAGGACACUUUCUUAUGGGAACCAGCAAGUUAGUAAUCUUCCUGCUCGUGACAAUAUCGAUAGGCAAGGACGAGAUACUGGAAAGCAACCACAGCCAGCACUAACAAACCUUGUUUGUAAUCAGUGUGGGAAGAACCAUGGUAGGAAUCCAUGUCGAUUGGGUUCGAGCGUUUGUUAUUUUUGUGGUAUGCCUGGACACAUGGCGAGGAAUUGUGAGAAGAAGAUUGCUCAAGAUUCAGCUAAAUCUCAGCAGCCAGGAAGAGUAUUUACAAUGAUGACUGAAGAUGCUCUUUUCCUCUUCAAUUACGUCCGUACUGAUGCAUACAGCAGAGUGAUGGAGAUCUUUCCGGCGUCCGUACUAUUAGUAUGGAACAAAUGUGAGAUACGUGUUUUGGUUUUACUAAGCCUGUUAUGGCAAUUAGCAACUGUAGCAUUGGGGAUCCUUGCCACGAACCAAAUAGAGGUUGACAAGUCCAAUUCUAAAAGAGAGAGCAAAGACCAAUUUCUUCAAGCAUUAUGGGCACCUUUUCUGUUAUUGCAUCUUGGUGGCCCUGACACAAUCACUGCUUAUGCCUUGGAAGACAACACCUUAUGGUUAAGGCACUUGUUUGGUCUAAUUGUCCAAGUUAGUAUUGCAUUCUACAUCUUUCUAAGGUCAUGGGGCAACAAUGCACUAACAUUUGUGGCCAUUCCGGUGUUUGUCUUCGGAAUCAUUAAGUACUCUGAGAGAAAUUGGGUUCUAAGGCCUGCUACCACCGACCAAUUUAGGAAGUCUUUGCCUUCAAAUGUCACGCUACAAAUCCCAAAUUCAGAUCACAUCCGUAGGGACCCUGAAUUGGAAUGUAUUCACAAAGGAUAUUCUUUGUUUCCUCUAGUCAAACGUCUUUAUGCAAAUCUAGGCACAGACCCUCUAGAUUUACCUAAAAGCUUUAAUUUGGUAAAAGAAUGUGUGCUUGAGAUGAAACCAGCAGCCCAUGCCUUUAAAGUGGUGCAAGUGCAACUUGGGUUUUUAUUUGAUGUGCUCUACACAAAGGCCUCUAUAAUUUAUACCAAAAAAGGUCUCUUUCUAAGAUUGGUGAGUGCUUUAUCCAUAACAUGUGCAGUGGUUGCAUUCAUUCUUGUGAUUCAUGGUGAUAAUGCCUACUCAAGGGUUGAUGUUGAUAUAACAUAUGUUUUGUUUAUUGGGGCAAUCUUUCUUGAGCUUUAUGCAUUUUUUGCCAUUACUUUGUCUGAUUGGACAAUGUGUUGGCUAACCAAAAGAGAGAGGAGGAGUUGUUUGCUAAACUUAAUGUACUCUUCCAUUUCUCGCUUUCGAUCAAUUUUAUCAGGCAGUAAAGACAAGUUAUACAUGAGUCAACUCAGCCUGAUGGAUCUUUGCUCAAAAGAGACAACCAGAUCUUGCAUUGAAGACUACUUGUUCAGCAAAAUCUUACCCUUGGAAUUUAAUCUGCUCCGUAAUGAGCGAGUGGAAGAGGUGGAUACCGAUAUGAAAGAAGUUAUAUUUAAAGAACUAAUAGAAGCUAUUCAAUAUGGUAAGAAUCAAGAUGAAAGGAAUAGUUUAGCAGAAACUGUGCUUACAGGUCAUGUUAUAACAGAGAUUGUGUACCACUCCACUAGUCCUAGUCCUGGUGAGGAAGGCAAACGCAAACGUGAAACAUGCAAGAAGAUAUCUGAUUAUCUAUUCUAUAUAUUGCUUCAACACCCUUCCAUGUUGCCUCCAUGGAUUGGUGGUAUUGAAUAUAUCCAAGACACCAUCAAUCAUGCCCAAGAGUUAUGUCAUCAUGCAAAGUCUCCUGCUCAAGCUGCUCAAAUUCUAAUGCAAUAUGUGAAUACGAAACAUGAUGGACUGAAAAAUCGCAAGUCACUGUUAUAUGCAUUUUCCAAUGAAGAUAAGCCAAGUUUUGCAGACUUGGAUGAGCUACAUGGUUUCUGGUUAAAUAUCUUGAUCUCCGGUUCACAUGCUCAACAACUACCAAGUGGAGGGGAAUUCCUUACUCAUGUUAGUCUUCUCAUGACGGAUCAUUUUCUAAGUGAAAUCUUGUCGGGAAAUCAAACUUCAGACAGCGAUGAUGGCUCCGAGGAAAGAGAGGUGCGGAUGAGGGAUGGGCAAGAGCCAUAAACCACAAACCAGCAUCUCCACAUUCUGCUUUUCAGGCUCUCUAGUUCUGGUUUGCGGUUCUUGUCACACAAAAACAUACAUAGUUCAUUAGUAAUGUACAUACUACAAAUAUUAUAUAUCAUUCUUUUUGUUAUUGUAUAUCCUCCACCAGUAUUAUAUUUGUUAUGCACGUUUUUUUUCGGUUUGUACAUCACAUUCAUUUUUUGAACAACAAAAAUUCUAACAAUUUCAUAAUUAACAUGACAGGAACAAGAUACACAUAACAUCGUUAUGAGUUUUAGAGAAAUUUGUAUUGCAUAACAUUCGUUUUUUUUUUAUACUUAAUCAAUAUGAGGAGUGUCAGGGCACUGAUCCUGAGCUCUUGCUCCAUUGAAGAACUUCCACAGCUCAAAGGAAUCAUAUGAAGGUAAGCCUUACCCCAUACUGUCCUUUGGUAAAUGUUGUCAGAGUUGUUCAUAUUCCAAAAUGCUUAUCUGUGUUACAGUAUCUAUCACUUUAGAAAUGUGGUACAUUUAUAACUCAAAAUAGUAGUGUCACGUACUCAAUGUUUUCGGAUACAUUACCAGAUUCUUAAAAAUGAUCGAUGAUAAAGUAUGCAGAGAGUAUUAUAUUUUAAAUUAAAUUUGUAAACUCUGCAUAGCAUGCAAUAAUCAUCAGUUGGUAUUUCAGUUUCACCGUUGUCGCAAUAUAAGGUUGUCAAUCUCAGCAGCUAAUAAAGGACACACAUCAACCGAAUAUUUUGAAGAGUUCAAAGUUUGACAUGUUCAUGAUAUUUUGGCUGGUUUUAGUCCACAUUUUCUUUGCAAUUUCUUUUAUUUCUACCUCUUGUUUUUGUUGCACUGCACUAUCUCCUACGUAGAACAUAUUAACGGGGUACUGCUUCUUGUAUUUCCAAUUUCUACCACUUAAGCUUAGGAUUUUGCCUUCCCUUCUUUUAUAUAUGAAUCCCUGCUAGGGAGACAAUGGAGUAUUUGAAAAAUGUGUAUUUAUUUAGCCCAAUAUGAAUUAAAAAAUAAACAUCCAGAGGAAAAUACUACUAAUUUCUCAAACACAAUACACUCAUAUUAUCCAGAAUAACCAUUUAGGUACCAGACAUAAUCAACAUCUGAUAUCCUAUUGAAUCGAACAUCCCUAAACCCCAUUGUACACAUUAUAUAGAUAUUUCAUUGGCUCCCUA